CUGUUAAUUCUGCUUAAUGUUUUUCUACAUCAGCCACUAUGCACUCUCUUCACCGUUUGUAAGGAAAAGCAGGACUACGCCUCCAGUAUAGUGUGACAACUACACAGCACUGCUGGAAUAACUUCUAUCCUGCAAUCAGGAAGACAGGGCCAGUGAGUUAAGUAGUUAAGGAUGGGAGGCGAUAUCUUCAGCUGAUGCCAGUAUUUAAAUCUCCUUGUAAUCACAUAUGCUCCGUCCCAUAGGCAGUCUGUGCUAACAGCAGACAAUAGGGCUGAUGUGCAAUGCAGAAACUCCUAUGUGUUCAUUCAUUAGCAACUGACACAGUGCUCAUCAGAAUCCCUGCAGCACUCUCCACUCUGUAUUGCCAUCCACCAAGUAUGGCAGAGUCUCAGCAUGUCUACUGAUUGGGAGUUAGAAAGAGCUAGCACACUCCUCCCCUCCCACAGGGGUUCAGGCAGGCUACAGCUCCUCAUAGCCCCUGCCUCCAGUCAGGCUUUCAGCUCACCCCUGGGGUGGACAGCCUGCCUGCUCUGCUUCUCAGUGGUCUUUCAGGCUGCUUCCAAGAGAUGGAACACUCCACCUCCUCUCCUCUGGGUCUCCUCCCAAGCUGGGCUCACCUAGCUCUAUGGAAACAAAUUGUGCUCUUCCUCACCUGAGCUUUAUUUCUAAUUAGGUCUGGCCCAUUCUCCAGGUGCAAGCAGGCAGGUUAACUGAUCUCUCAGGUCUGUAUUACCCCUUUACCAGCAUUCAUACCUGGGCUUUAGUCUCAAACUUGAUAUUUUAGCUCUCUCUGACCCAAUUUACCACAGUGGACAGCUAAACUUUGGUUUUAAAUAACUCUAAGGGUAUGUCUACACUUGGAGUUGGGAGUGUGAGUCCCAGUCAAGGAGACAUGCCUGUGCUAGCUCCAAUCAAGCUAUCACGCUAAAAACACAGUGUAGCUGUGGCAGCGGGAGUGACUAGCCACCCUGAAUAUGGUCCCAUUGAACAUGCUGGGUACCUAGUCAGGGUGGCUAGCCCCUCCUGCUUGUUGCAACACCUCAGCUUCACUCUGUAGCAUGGUGGUUCAGUCGGAGCUAGCCUGGGAAAUCCCACCCCCCAGCUCGAAGUGUAGUUAUUUAAACAAGUGUGCUAAGUCACUGGAGAUGGAGCUUUAGAGAGGAAGUGUGUAGAUACUACUAUUUUAUUUGUAUUGAGCAGAGAAGUCCUUGUACUGGGAAAUAAUCAAACACCGAUUAGAUUGUUUACAGUUCCAGUUCCCCUGUGGAUGCUUUGCUAGCACAAAAUAAACCAAACAUGGUGGCAAAGCAGGGGCUGCUUCAGUUCAGUGGCUUAAAUAUUUCUCGUACAGCAUCUACACAUGCACAGCAGUAGAUCCUCUGGCCCCACUCCAACCCAUGCUCUCUCCUGCUCCCUGCCCACCCCCAUUCCAUGCUGUACAGGGUGCACACACCCCAUGAGCAUCUCUCCCACAUCCAGCCCCUCUUUCCCAUCCAAACUGGAACCACACCAGUUCUGCUGCACUGGACCUUCUGUGGCUGCAGAAUAGGCAUGGAGAAAAACAUGAGUGAAAAGGCCAGGUGCACCUCCAGCCAGGCCUUCAGGCCAUGGUUCAAGCUCAUAACAAAUUGGAUCAGAGAUAAAAUCAACUUCACAUCACAUUUAGUAUUUUCCAGUUUAUCAGUCAGCUCCCAAUUACAGGGCACAGCUGUUUAAUACAUUUUGUAGAGCCAUUUAAAUGCUUUGUAUUUAAUCUGAAUAAUUUAUCAUAUUUGCUAACGGUAUUGGUAUUACUUUCAAUUAUAUUCAUUGUCUUCACAAAAUGUAGCAUAACUGGUACACAGUGGACCAACUCCUCUGCCUGCGUAAAUUGCUGCAGCUCCAUUGAUUUCACAUGGAGCCGUGCCAAUAUGUAGCAUCAGACACUGUGGCCUAUUCCAUCAGCAUGAUACCUCUCUACUCAAUUAGGGCCAAACCCUCAGCCUUGGUGCAUCCAUGGUGGCAUGGAGCCUCGCUGGAGCUGCACAGUUUAGCCAGGUUCUGGGGCACUAGAGUCUUUCAUGUAGCCUGAGAGGGAAAAAUCCUGCUUCACUGAAAGCCCUCACUGCUCUGUGAGGUGUAGUCAAGACUGGGAAAUGAUGUCAGGCAGGUUAUGAGCAUGUGCUGUGCUUCUCUGAAACCCACAGUGGGAAUUCAGAUCCCCUCUGACUGUCAGGCAGUGGUGGGGACCCUUAAUGGGUCACAUAGCCCGAACAGUAUAGUCCUGGCUGACAAGUCAUUGGACAGAUGAACACCUCCAGGGUAACUGUCAUGAAGAGAGGGGAACAUGUUUACCACCCAUUCCCCCAAGACACAACCACCAUCAAUGUGCAUGUGUUGUGUAUUUAAUAACAAAAAUGGUAGAAAAAUAGUAACAAAAAAAGGUCACUGGAAUGUGCUGACUUGGUUGAAAAAACAAAAUUUAGAAAAAAAAAGUUUGUUUUUCAUAAAAAAUCAAAUUGUGAUGAGAAACUUCCUUGAAAGUACAAAAUUCAAAAAAUUUCAGCCCCUCUAAUACACUGGACACGUACUUGAUCCAUUUCUCUAAUUUUGUUUGGCAUACAGCUCACCCAUUGCAUACAGUUGCACUCACAAAUAUACAGCAAUAACGAAAAGCACAGAUGGGUUUUGCUUCUUUCCUGUAAAGUUUUUAUAUUGUGUAUCAUUCAAGACAUAUUUGUAAUCUGACGAUCACUUAGAUUGUGCUGAACUAAAUAAUCUAUAUAGCAAGUUGACUACCCAGGUGCAUUCAGCUGCUCUGUUUCAUACUUCAUACUCAUUUGAAAUGACUAUACUGUAAAUAGAAAACUUUAUUUUUACAAAAAGAAAAGGAGUACUUGUGGCACCUUAGAGACGAACAAAUUUAUUUGAGCAUAAGCUUUCGUGAGCUCCAGCUCACUUCAUCGGAUGCAACUCACGAAAGCUUACGCUCAAAUAAAUUUGUUAGUCUCUAAGGUGCCACAAGUACUCCUUUUCUUUUUGUGAAUACAGACUAACACUGCUGCUACUUUGAAACUUGUCUUUAUUUUUACACUAGAGAAUAAAUAGGACUAAACAAACAAGAAGUAAAGAACUGACAGGAUUCUGGGGAAGGUGAUAUUGUAUUAUCUUUUGCAGAGCUGAUUUAGGAAGGCUGUGUAUCUUUUAACUAAUAAUAAAUAAAACUCAACAUGCAGUAAAGUAAUGUUAGUAACAAUCCAUUGCAACAGGACUAUCUGUAUACCAUACUGGGCAAGAAACUGAUAAAAGGCCAACUGAACACCAUCUGCUGUCCUGCCUGGGAACUGCAGAACUGCUCUCUGGUGUGUUCUCAUAGACGAGUAGGAAAGUUCACCAACAUGAUGGAGAGACACAGCACCUUGUGAUAUUUAAGGAUUCGCCUCACUUUCCUAUUUAAAGUCUGAUUUUGCCCCCCAUACCUAACAAUCUUAAAAUCUUAGUCCAGAGUAAAUUUUUUAAAAAUUUGGGGCAAGGUAGGCAAGGCACUUUAGUGGUAUUGGGGUUCCCUAAAAUGAAUGGAUUUGGGUUUUGCAAGUUGUGUGAAUGCUUAAUUUGGCUCCCAAACAUCCUGGCGUAGAGGCUGCAGACCUGUUUCAUUCUGUCUGUGCCGGGGAGGAUCGGUGCCUUGGAUUAGUUUGGGGUGAGUUUGUGUGUGUAUGCAGUGAGGUUGUGUUGGAUGAGGAAUUAUACAGAUAUUAACACACCUUUCAGACAAAAGUUUGAAAAGCCAAAGUAUGUGCGAUAUACUUGCAGUAUUUGGAUCCAUGUGUUAAUAUAUGUAAGCACAUAAUCCCAAUCCAUACAUUGAAUCGGGGAUUUGAAAACAUUUUGGAUUGGGGGGAGUGAGAAUAAAGAUAAGGGAGAGAGAAAUGAGAGAGAGAAGGGAGGUAUAAAAAGGAGAUUGAUGGGAGAAGAAAUGAAUGAGGAGGGAGAAUGAGUUGAUGUAGGAAGGGGGAAGAGUGAAUGAAAAGUGGAGGAAUAUAGGGAAUAGCAGUGGAAGAGGCUGUGCACUUAAGUUUUAAACUUCAGCACAGGCAGUCAUUUGUCCUUCACAUAUAGAAAACUUACAGGGAACAUUGGUUUCAGUACAUGGACCCUGUGAGUGGAGCAAUGUAAUAACUUCACAAUGUUAGAAAUUAAAAUAUACCAUGUGGCCAGUGUAAGGUGGCAUGACGUGAUGAGAUUUGCUGUUCCCUAGGUAUAUACAAUAAUACGGUACAGUUACAUGGGUAUCUAUGGGGGCGUUGGUGAGCAUACAUUACAAUUUGUAUUUGCUGUUAUAUUACAUAUAGGAUCUAGGCUUAUCAGGCUAGAGGCUAGAUUCUGGUUUAUAUUCUGACUCCUUUUGUGCUGCUCAGGCAGUAUGUGUGGCUGGAAUCUGGCCACAGUCGGCCAGCAAAGAAUUCUUCUAAUGAAGGAGAACUCUGCUGGUGUGAGGGGUUAGGUGGGGAGAGAGAGGAUGUAUCUUUAGGGACCAUACUCCAGUAUCAUAACUUAGCCCCUACGAUGCUCUAGUUGAUGCUGGGGCCACCGCUGGUGCACAGGUUCAGUGAGCUGUAAGUGGCUUCCUAGUGAUCCCACACCCCUCCCUCUACCAAGCAGAACUUUAGGCUCAGGGGAGCGUUUCGCCCUUAAUUUCUAACAUCUAAUUUGGACCAUCUGAUCACUUACAGAUGUAAUAAGCACUAUCAGUUGUACAUACAUUGUUACAAUUUGUACUUACAGGUUUAGCAGGUAGUUCCAGAUCCGGAUCCCAACCCAUGAAAAAAACCACAGGAGGAAGUCUCCAUUGGGAUCUCCUCUUGGAGACCCCAGACUGUUGUUUCAUAAAAGAGGAUGAAGGACCCACCCCACAACACUGGCAGAUCCUCAGGAAUCUGUUCAGAUCCCAGGGCCAUGUGCACAGAAGUUUUGUGCCUCUAUGCCAGCUCCGGCCAUUGGUGCCCUUCCCUCCUGCCUCCUUGGCAAUGCUGCUUCAUCAGAGCUGGGCUUCUGAUCCUGUCACUGAUGUCCCAAGGACUCACUCUGAAGGGCAACUCUACAUGAUACAAUACAGCCUGGGCCUGUAUUAUCCUUUUAAACUCAUUUCCAGGGUACCAGGCUAUAUGAGCAGAUCUAAGGGGCAUGAUGUAGAUAUCAGUUAUGUAACAAGUAUUUGGCAUACAGAUCACACAUGUACCAUAUAUUCUCAUACGUAGGAAUUUACAAAAUUGAUACAUUGCACCUGGACAUAAUUUGAAUUGAAACCAAAUGUUUCUGUUACAUUCAAUCUGUCUGGUUUAGGGUUUUGUACUGGUGCCCAUCACAGUAGUAUCUCAGCUUUUCUUGAGAUAAUUAUAUCGGCACAGCAAGGUCUCUGGUGGACUUUAUGGAGUCUUCCCUUUCUCUGGUUGUGGGAGACUUUGUGUGAGGUACAUGUUUCUUCUUAUUAUUAUUACUAUUUUAUUAUGUUAAACUUAUAAAAUUGAUGGGUGAAGUCCUUGCCCCACUGAAAUUAAUGGGAGUUUUGCCAUUGACUCCAGUGGAGCUAGGACUUCACCCCUCAAUUUUAAAUUAAAUGUCAGAUAGGCAAACCUGAAUUUGAAGGACAUGUUGCAUUGAUUCCUAGCACCUUUACUUAAUUGUGUAUAGCCCUAAUGUCCUCCUGAUUGAUAUUUACUUCUUUUGACAUUGACAUCUCAUUCCUUUUGCGUCUCCAUUAAGGACCCAUCUCCACAAUGAUGUCAUACAGUAAGCAGAAUCAAUAUGUGAAAUUGCUUGUAAAAAUUGUCAAAUGUAAAGUAAAGAAUAGCAAAUAUGAUUUUUUUUUAAGUUGAAUAAGGAAACUGUCAGCAAUGAUGCACUCUCAUAAUGCUUACUAGAGCUGAACAGUAUAUAUAAGGCUGAGCCACAGAGGCAGCUAGGCAGAUCUCCGGAUCCUGAAGGUUUCCCAAAGUUCCAGAAGAGUAGCUGCUCUUUCCCCAAUCGCUGUGCAUCACUUCAAAGUAUAAGAAGGUAAGAUUCAUGCUAGCUACCAAUAAGAUUUGUUCAAUGGGUUGAGUGCAAUUGUUCUGUCCAAGGUUUGUAAAGCAAAUACAGGAUCUCUCAAAAUGGUGCUUUUUAAGCUUUUCUUUUAUUAUUAUUAUUUAUUAUUAUGUACCAUCUUUUUAUAUUUGGAAUGAAUAAGUAGUGUAUAUAGUUAAACUUUUAUCAGUUUUAGUUUAUUCAAUAGAAGGCAACUAAUUUAAGAGAGAAUGAUCCAAAGAUCAAAAUCAACUUCUAAGACUGACAGAAAUGACAGAAAGGAGGAUGAUUAAACAUGGACUCAUGGAAGAAAUGCAUUAUAUUUGACUGGAGCUUUGACACUUGAGACCACAAGCUUUUGUAGCUGUUUCUCCAAAAAAUCUAAACCUCUCAAACAGAUUCAAGAGCCAGGUUCCACUUGCUAUGAAAAUAGUCUUAUCUGGCUUUCAAGAAAUAAUUAUAGGCAAUGAAAAUGAAAAACAUUUAUUUCGUGGCUGGAUUGCUUUUAAUGAUCAUUCAAGGCAGCUGGCAAAAUCCUCUUCAAGACACAGAAGAGAAAUCCAGAUCAUUCAAAGCUUUCCAGACUGAACCAUUAGAUGAAUCUAGACAGCUGAAUGAAGUAAAACGUCAUUCACAAGGCACAUUCACCAGUGAUUACAGCAAGUACUUGGACACUAGACGAGCUCAGGAUUUUGUGCAAUGGUUAAUGAGCACUAAAAGAAGCGGACAACCGGCACUGGAGGAGAGAGAGAAUGAAAAAUUCCUGGACCAGCUCUCAAGCAAUGGACUCUCGAGGCGUCAUGCUGAAUUUGAGAGGCAUGCUGAGGGCACCUACACCAGUGACAUCACCUCUUAUUUGGAAGGUCAAGCUGCCAAAGAGUUCAUUGCUUGGUUAGUGAAUGGACGAGGAAGAAGAGAUUUCUCAGAAGAAGCUAAUGCAGCUGAAGAACUGGACAGAAGACAUGCAGAUGGCACUUUUACCAGUGAUAUCAACAAAAUCCUCGAUGACAUGGCUGCCAAAGAGUUCUUAAAAUGGCUGCUUAACACAAAAGUUACCCAGAGGGACCUUUUGGGGAAAUACCAGUAAAAGUACAAAAUAAAUAUGGGACAAGUCAAGAUCUUCUUCACUACAUCAGCUGCUGGUCACCAGGGAAUUCUGAAAUUUGUGUUCUAUAAAUUAUAUUUAUAAGCCAUAUUGCUUUGCAUGCCAAAAAAUGAAUUUUACUAUAGUGUAGUGUUGCCAAAAGAUUAUAUAGGAAAAAGAUGUUAUCAAAAGGACACACAAAGUAACAGCUUUAAGAAUACAAAAAUGCCUCGUCUUCAUAUUUUCCAUUUAUUUAGGGCCAAAAUAUCUCUACUUACAGUUAGCAAUGAAAUUAUUUUUCUAUGAAGUCGACUUGUACAUAGGAUUGAUUCCAAACACCAAAUAUCUGCAUUAUUAGAAUGGGGCUAGCAGUCACAGAUGUCUGAGAAGUGAACUUCCCCCUUGAAACCUUUGUUAUAAAAAGGCUAAGCUUUCAGGAUAUUAAAUGAUAGCCUUAAAUAAAUUUUUUUCAAGCUUC